CUAUGCUCUUGUGUAUAUACCGACUUUGGUGUAGAGUUCGCGUCCCAGUUGUAACGUUACUCGAUCCAUUUCCUGCUCCGUUGCUAUGAACGCUCGUGCCGCUUUCUCAGGCUGGGAAACGGGUGAGCCAGUUGCAGGCAAACUGAGCCUAGGAAAUCCACCGGAAGCCAGAAAACACCAGCGCUGUCGAGUUCGAAGCCAGGCUGUCAGUCACAAGCCAAUCUGGGCGAGAAACGAACGCGAGGAGGGUCGUUUUCGUUACAGUUUCCGACACCAUGACGACACGCGUCUGUACAUGGAGCAAUACCGGAAGGAAAACGCAUUCUCGACACUCGCGGUGUGUCGAACGGAAGGCGACAUGCAAACGGAGAAAUCGCGACUGUACAAUGCUCUCGGAAACGGGUAUUUAUCGCAGCAACUGCGACUUGCUUACGAUUCGUACAAGACCGCACUGGAAGCGGCUCAUAUGCGAAAAGUGAUGGAAUCAAAAGAUCGUGUGCAACGGGAAAUACAGCAUGAUGCCAUGCCCAAGACCAUCACCUUACAGCUACCUUUGCCUCCUAUUCCGCUAGGUAGGUCACCGACCAAGACCUGGCGAAAAACAUGUUAUUCUCCAAAUUUGAAAGAAGAAUGUAGUGCUACUUCUCCAGUCGUUUGUCAACAAGAAACGUCUCUGCACACGUUUCUCAAGAACGGUGGCAACUGCGCAUGCGCGGACUGCGUGCACGUGCAGAAUCACGUGGCUGCAGAUGAGUGUGGAUGUCCUGCAGGAGUGAGUAAGCUCUACAUGGAAGUCAUGCAUGACUGCACUACACAAGAAGCCACCGAGGAAACCGUUUGGAGACCGAGAGACACAGGCAGCGAAAAAAUGGGAAAGAAUGGCUGGUCAUCAUCAAAUGACAGUCCAGACGAGUGCAACUACAAGCGAUACAUGCCCGACUACUUGAUGGAAUCACGAACAGAACAGCUUCAAUGGCACACCAUUGUGGGAGCUCUACCGUCCGUAGUCAGUUGGCUGCAAAAGUUGAAUACUGCGAGACGAGCUCAUCUACUAGAUCCACUGCCUCAUGAGCUAGCCGGCGUUUCUCUACACAAAUCCUCAGCAUCUGCACGUGCUCUCAUAAAAAGUGAAACAACAACAACAACAACAGGCGUUUUCAGAAAACAAGACGCUGCAGUAGAGAAAUCCGAGAGUCAGCCGGACCUUGUUGCAUCUUCUGAAACAGAUCUCCAAUUGAAGUUGCGCUCACGGACAGAGGCUCUGGCCAGUUUCUCACUGAACCCACUAUAUCAGCAGGAAGAGCAACAGGACUCCACUGUCUCGUUGCGAAAAAAUCGGAGCCACCACAAGAGGCUGAAAGCUUUCGCAAAACAUGCUGGAGUUGGAACCGUUUCACAAUCCAAGCCUCCCGUGCCCCACUACAUGGCCAGCUUUUCCAAAUCCAUUCUCAUCAAGCCACAAUCGAAAGCAUCUUUUGAAGAAUAGAUUUGUUAAUUAAUUAUUCAAUUAAUUAAGAAUGCCUGUAUAUUUCUACGGAUAUUCAUAGCUUUUCUAUUUUGUUAGCUCUGUUUUGCAUUACAGGUGAAAUCUGUCUCUAAACUUUGAAUUAAAAUCGAAUUACGAUACUAACCUAUGUGGCUAUCGUUAGAAGG